AUGCCUUUACACCUGUUAGGCAAGAAAUCAUGGAACGUCUACAAUCCCAAGAACAUCGAGCGCGUGAGGCGCGACGAGGCAGAUGCCAGGGCACGUGAAGAAGCCGAAGAGCAGCGCCAGCAGGAGAUUGACGCCGAACGCCGCCUUGCGAUCCUGCGUGGCGAGGAUCCACCACCGCUACCCUUGCCUCCUACACGUGCGACCACCGACGAAGCACUCGGCCAGAAACGAGACCACGAUGACAAGACGCCAGUCGCGGGUAGCCUGGGGGGGCGGGAGCGCAGGAAGCGCAAGCGCGCCGGCGAGGACGACACCGACUUCGAGAUGCGGCUCGCCCGCGAGCAAGUGGGUGGCGCGCCGACAGCCGACCACGCCGUUCCCGCGAAAAGCGUGAGUAGCAGCGACGCACCGCUCGUGGGCCCUACGGGGCACAUAGACUUGUUCCCCGAUGAACGUGCGCGGCCGAUCGCGCAGAAGGACGAGGCAGAAGCCGAGAGGAAGAAACGGGAGUCUGAGGACAUGUACACAAUGCGUUUCUCGAACGCGGCAGGCAAGGACGGUCUGGCCGGGCCUUGGUACGCGAAGGGCGGCGGCGUCGGCGUCGGAACCAUCACAGACAUUGCGGCGGCCAACCUAGAAGCCCCGAGCAAGGACGUGUGGGGCAACGAGGAUCCGCGGCGAAAGGAGAGAACUGCUGCACGUCUCGUCGCCGACGAUCCGUUGGCGAUGAUGAAGAGGGGCGCGGCUAAGGUCAGGGAAGUCGAGGCGGAGCGGAAAAAGUCCAAUCGAGAAAAAGAGCGGGAACUAAGGCAGCUCCUAAAGCAGCAGAGGCAUGAGAGGAAACGGAGGCGGGAGGAGGGGAGCGAUGAGCAUGAUAGCCUCGAGGGGUUUAGCCUGGAGGAUGCGAAAGCAAACCACCAUCACCGGCGGAAGCAAUCUCGUGAUGAUAAGGAUGACGGCGUCGAUGAGAAUGAUCGCCGGAAGCGGCGGUAUGACCGCCGAUCUCGGGAUGAAAACAAACAAUCUCAGCAUCGUUCAGAGCCUAGAGAAGAGCGUCGGCACGAUGAUCGCCAGCGGAGCUCUCGGGAUGACAGUUGGACUCGGGACCUAGAUCGAGACCGAGAAAAGCAUCGGUCGGUGUACGAUCGCCGGCGGGCCAACAUGACGGAUAAUUGGUAG